ACUGUUCAUAUCUCCGCCUUUCCCUCUGUGCAUUCUCUUUGAAUUUCAUCCUGCUUCAUUCCUCCACUGACCAGCUCUCGUUCGUUCACCGAGUUGAUGGAUCUGUUAAAUUCGAAGCGCUGAGCGAACCAAUGACAAGCAGCUCCACGAGGUCUGUGGCUGGAGCUGACCUGAGCCCGCUGACCAGCUCUCGUUCGGUGACGCAGACGGUGAACGGGUCGCACAAGUUCGUGAUCCAGGGUUACAGCUUGGCCAAAGGGAUGGGGGUGGGAAAGCACAUUGCCAGCGACAAUUUCACCGUGGGCGGGUACCAGUGGGCCGUUUACUUUUACCCCGACGGCAAAAACCCCGAGGAUAAUUCCGCCUACGUUUCGGUUUUUAUAGCUUUGGCCAGCGAAGGAACUGAUGUGAGGGCUCUGUUCGAGCUGACGCUGGUGGAUCAGAGCGGGAAGGGGAAGCACAAGGUUCACAGCCAUUUCGAUCGUUCCCUUGAGGGCGGGCCCUAUACUCUCAAGUAUCGCGGUAGUAUGUGGGGAUACAAGCGAUUUUUCAGACGAAAUCUGCUUGAAUUGUCUGAUUACUUCAAGGAUGAUUGCUUGCAAAUCAAUUGUGCCGUUGGAGUUGUGGUCUCAGCGAUAGAUAGUUCAAGAUUGCACACAAUUCAUGUGCCCCAGUCAGAUAUAGGAGUACAUUUUGGCAUGCUGCUAGAAAAUAUGGAAGGUUCAGAUAUUACUUUCAAUGUUGCUGGGGAGAAAUUCCAUGCUCAUAAGGUGGUUUUGGCUGCUCGAUCACCUGUAUUUAGGUCCAAAUUUUUUGAUGGGGCAGAGGAAAAUGAACAAGAGGUUGUCAUCACUGAUUUAGAGCCUAAGGUCUUUAAGGCAUUGUUGCAUUUUAUAUAUAGAGAUACAUUGUCAGAAGAUGUCGAGGGUGUGGGUUCUAGCUUCUCUUCAGUACCCUCAACCUCUGAAACACUAACGGCACAGCUGUUGGCUGUGGCUGACAGGUAUGGUUUGGAGAGACUCAAGUUGAUGUGUGAAUCUCACCUUUGCAAGGAUAUAUCCGUGAAUUCUGUCUCCAAAAUGUUAGCUUUAGCUGAUCAGUAUCAUGCUAUGGAGUUAAGAGCUGUGUGUCUCAAGUUUGCUGCUCAAAACCUUGCAGCUGUCAUGCGAUCAGAUGGCUUUGAGUACUUAAGAGAAAACUGCCCAGCACUACAGUCAGAUAUUCUUAAAACAGUUGCGGGAUGUGAGGAGGAUUGGAGCAGCGGAGGUGCAAAAUCUCCUAGUGUUUGGGCACAACUUUCAGAUGGUGGUGAUAGCAGUGGCAGGAGGGUUAGGCAAAGAACUUGAUCCAAUCACUACUUUCUUUGUUACAUUCAUGUUCCUCACCCUUCCCCCAACUCCAAGUGAAAAAAGAUAAAAGAAGAAUGAAAAUGAAAAGAGAAGUUGAUGAUGGGGAAAAAAUUGGAAUACAAAUUAACAAAACCAUUGUCAACCAUGGCCCCAAGGCAAGUAAACUUACGUCUUGUAGAUAGUGAGGUAUUACUAGUUCUUACUGUAAGUUGAUACUAGGCUGUGUUUGCUGCAUUGUUUCCUAAGAGUUCAAAGUAGGUAAAGAACAUCGCACUGUUGUCCUCUGCAGUAUUGCUAACAAAAUUUUUCUCAUAACAUUCAACUGUUUUAUAUGUUGUAUUCUGGUUCUUCUUUUCUUGGGCACAUGAUACUUCGUUUGCUACUAUUUUGAUUUCUUAUGUGUGUUUUUUUCCUGCCCUUUUAAAAUCUGAGAUUAGCUGGUUUGCUGACAGGACGUUAUCUCUGAAAAUUGUUUUUUUGUUUUCAGUUAUAUUAAAAGUGCUGUUUUAAU